AUGACAAUAAAUUCUUCUUACGAACCAGUGCUACAGCAACCACAUAAUGACAAUUCUUCAUCGUCUUCUCCACCACCUCCAGCACCACCAUCUUAUGCAUCACAUAUACUAAAUGAUAUUGGAUCACUGGCACCAAUUCGAUAUAUUGGAUCAUUAAUCGAAGAAGCCAAUAGAGAAGGUGACAGUGACGGUGGUGACGGUAAUAAUAAUAUUCUUGAUACGAUUGAACAAGUGGAACAUUUUAAAUAUAAACAAGAUUUAGAACGUAAAUUAACCGUUACAUCAGUCAUUGGAUUAGGAUUUUCUUUAAUGGGGGUACCAUUUGGAUUAUCAUCAACAUUAUGGAUCUCAUUAAUGGAUGGAGCUAAUGUGACAAUAUUAUAUGGAUGGCUUAUAGUUGGAGGAUUUUCAUUAUGUGUAAUAUUAAGUUUAUCAGAAAUCAUAUCGAAAUAUCCUACUGCUGGUGGAGUUUAUCAUUUUAGUUCAGUUUUAAGUGAUGAAAAAUAUAGUAAUAUACUGUCUUGGUUCACAGGAUGGUUUUUAUUGAUUGGGAAUUGGACUUAUGCUAUAAGUAUAAUGUUUUCUGGGGCACAAUUUAUUUUAUCGAUAUUUGGAAUGAAAAAUGUUUAUAUUUAUAAAGAAGAUCGAUUUUUGGUAUUAUCAGUAUAUUUCAUAUUAUUGGGAUUUUGUGGAUUUAUAAAUUUCAAAUUUUCAAAACAUUUAGAAAAAAUUAAUAAAGCUUGUAUAUUAUGGACUAUUUAUACUGUUUUAGCCAUUGAUUUUUUAUUAAUUUUUUCAUCAACUAGAACUAAUUCAAUUAAAGAUAUUUUAACAAAAUUUGAUAAUUCAAGAAGUGGUUGGCCUGACCCAUUGGCAUUUAUAAUUGGUUUACAAAGUUCUUCAUUCACUUUAACUGGUUAUGGAAUGUUAUUUUCUAUAACUGAUGAAGUUAAAACUCCAGAAAAAAAUAUGCCUCGUGGUGCCAUUAGUGCUGUAUUUAUGGCAAUUGUUACUGGGGUUAUUUUCAUUAUCCCUAUAUUAACCAUAUUACCUGAAUUGGAAAUAUUAUUAGAUGAAACUCCCAAUAUUAUGCCCAUUGAUUUAAUUUUUAAAUUAUCUACAGAACUGUAUUUAAUAUCAUUUUUAAUGGCUUGUUUAAUGAUCGGUACCAUGAUUUUCCAAAGUAUUGGUUCUUUAACUACGGCAUCAAGAAGUACUUAUGCUUUGGCUCGUGAUGGAGGAUUACCAUUUGCUGAUUUAUGGACACAAGUGAAUUCUAUUGAAGAUUAUAAAUUACCCAAAAAUGCAUUAUUUUUAUCAAUGGUUAUAUGUGCCAUAUUAUCUUCAUUAUCAUUAAUUUCUCAAUCAGCUUUUAAUGCAUUUAUGGGUGCUGCCGUCAUAUCAUUAGCAUUAGCUAAUGGUGUCCCGAUAUUAUGUUUAAUGAUUAAUAAACGGAAAAAAGUUCGUGGUGCAGCAUUUAAAUUAGGGAAAAUUGGUUGGAUUAUAAAUGGUUUAUCAAUUUUUUGGAUAUUAUUAUCAGUAUUUAUAUUAUGUAUGCCUCCAGUGAUUAAACAUUUAACUUGGUCAAAUAUGAAUUAUGCCAUUUUGGUGAUUAUAUCAUUUGCUAUAAUUGCAAGUUUGGGUUAUAAAACUUGGGGGGAAAAAAGUUUUACUGGUCCAGUUAUUGAUAAUGAUUAUUUUGAAUUGAAUAAUUUGGAAACAAAUGUAAGCAGCAGCCGUCAGGCUGGUGCUGGUACGGCUGGUGCUGGUGGUGCCAGUACUGCUAGUGGUGAUGUUAAUGAUGACGAUUUUGUUAUAAUUGGCAAUGAUGAGGAAGAAGAAGAAGAAGAAGAUGAUGAUGAUGAUGAACCAGAUACUAACAGUAGUAAGUCCAAAACCAAAGACUGGGAUAAAGAAGAAGAAGAAGAAGAUGAUAUGAUAUUGGAUAACAAAUUACCACCAAUCAAGAAUAAAAAACGAACUAAUGAUUAUCAACCAUUAGAAGACCAUUAG